CGUCAAGACAUCGUCGAAAAGGCGGAAGUAACGUGAAGGUUGGAGCAGAGCGGAGUGGUUGCAGUGCACUGCUUGCUUUUUCAUGCGUAAACAUGGGUGUUAAAAUAGAGAUUUUUAGAAUGAUGCUGUACCUGUCCUUCCCCGUUGCCAUGUUUUGGAUAUCAAACCAAGCUGAGUAUUUUGAAGAGUACAUUGUCAAAAGGAAGAGGGAAAUCUUUCCACCAGAUGAGAAGAUGCAUAGGCAAGAACUUGAAGCGUUUAAGGAGCGCAUGCGGGCCAGAAAGGAACAGCGGAUUUUGAAACAGAUGGGCCUGGAGUCUCAGGACUGAGUCUACUGAAAAUGGAACUGACAAUGAAAGCUGUUUUCCUUCUGAAUUGUGGAUCCUUCAAACCCAAGGGAAGGCAAGGCAAGCAUUCUCUUAAGAAUGCUUAUGGAAUUAUGUGGUGAAAGUAUUGCCAAGUUUGAGGUUUGGACAUUGAGGAGACUGAUUUGUCAUGGGUCAGAAGGUGAACGAUUUUUUUGAUCCUUGGGACUGCUAAAUCAAGUUGGCAUGUUUUUUUUUGCGUAAUUUCAAAUGUUUUCCCUUUUUUCAUAUUUCAAUCAAAUGCAUACAAACACACUGGUUUCAAUCAAAGCUUAAAUGCAUUAUUUAUUUUUCAGUGAUUUAAACAUUUGUUAUGUACAUAUGCACAUUUUAUUGUCAUUAAAGCAAGAACAUAUUGACAACCUAA